GCCCCGUGCCUUAGUCCUUCCCUCGCCGGACCCAAUCAGACAGGGCUUUAAAUGAGUAGCUAGCAGCUCUCCCUCCCCCCUCCCUCUCCCCCCUUAGUUAAAUUUACUCUAGAGUAUCCACAGGAGCCCCGAAAGAGAGAGUAAGAUCCCAGCCCGAAUUGGGGCCCUGUACCCCUUCAGAGCCAAUGGAGGAGGGAAUGCCCAGCUGCGAGUCACACCUUUCACGUUUGGCUCUCAGAAUGGAAGCAGACCAAAUUCAGGUUGUGAAACCAUCCUGGACCAGCUCCAUCUUGCUACUCCGUUUGGGGACUACCUACAUGCUGCGUGCAUUUCCUGCAUGUCUGAAUAAACAGUACAUGUUCUCCUGAUUGUUCCCUCGCCCUCCAGCAAACCUUCAUUCACCAUUUCUUGACAGAGCAAGCAUGAUUAGAACGCGAGAUACAGAAAGGACCUUCACGAAGAUGCAGCUGUAGACACAUGCACUAAAAUAUGAGCCCAAGGUACAGUGGUAGAAACAUGAAUUGAUGGCCAACCUGGAGGUUUAGCGUAUGUCGGCAUUCUGAAGGAUGGAUGUGGAAGUGAACUGGGAGUCUGACGAUGACACUUGCAGCUCCAGAGAAGAUGCCGACUCCCACUGUAUUUCUGAAUGGGGUGUUGGGAAAGCCAGCAUCCAGCGAGAAGUGGAGGAAGGCCUCUCUCUGCCUCCCAGCUCUGACGACAGCCCUGAUAGACCUCCAGGAGAGCAGGAGCUCCCUGCGAAACUGCACUGGGAAGACAAGGCGAGUCAUGGCCUCUGCCAUCAAUGGAGUGACUCGGCCACUGGUGACAUCUUCAUCACUCCCAGCACUAACUUCGGCCCACAGUGUGAGGAUGAAGACUCAGCGCUCCAUUCAGCUGAGCACGCGAAAGGAUCUUGGGGAAAGAUAAGCGAGAGUUGUGAUGACUUCACCAUUGCUGGCUCUCUAGACGAGGAGGACCUGGUGCCCACCCCUGGGGUUGUCCCGUCUCACCAUUGCAAGGAAUGUGGAGAAAUGCCCCACAGUUACGGUAGGACGCUAGGACAGCAGAAGGACCACGUGGCCGAGCGCUCUUACAGGUGUCCUCUCUGCAGCAAAGAGUUCUUCCAUACAGCUAACUUCAGGGUGCACCAACUCAUCCACGUGAGUGACAGGCCCUACAGGUGUCCAGAGUGUGACAAGGGCUUCGUUCAUAAAGUUGACCUCUGGAGGCAUCUUCGGAACGUGCACAGAAUAGAACAUUCGAAGCGUCUCGAGGCUCUGCCUGCAGCGUCGUUUGUGCAUCAGAACCAAAGCAGUGGGGGUGUCGCCCCCCCGAUUUGCCUGCAAGAGCCAGAAACGGAGCAACCGAAGCCUUAUUUAUGCCCCAUCUGUGAUAAGGCUUUCCGCACAGCUUACUUGCUGUUAAAACACAAGGUGAUUCAUCAGGAAGACAAGCCCUACAAGUGCCCAGAGUGUGGGAAAGCCUUUAUUGAGCUGAUGAGGCUGAAAAGGCACCAGAAAAUCCAUGCUAGGGAGCGUCCCUUCUAUUGUGAAGAAUGUGGUGGGACGGUCACGCGCCUGACUGCGCCGCAUCGGCACCAGCGGAUCCACACCGGAGAGAAACCCUAAUCUUGUGCAUAUUGCGCUCAGGACUUCUCUGAAUCCGGCUCCUUGAGAAGACAUGAGUGCAUUCACCAAGGGAAAAGGUCCUGGGGACACUGUGUGCAUUGCUUUCGUGGGUUGGGGGGGCACGUCCGAGAUGUUCCAUGUGUGCCCCCUACAUGCAGCGUGUCACUCCAGCCCACACGUGUCGGAGAGGCACGAUUGGCUACUGCUCACCUUGGAGUGUACCUGUUUGAGUUUUCCUCUGUGUGAAAUGGCCCAUCAUCUCCAUAGAUUGUAAUCUUUGAGCCUCUUCAUUUCUUUCUCUCACCCACAUAAAAUAGUUUGGCAAACUGAAGAAGCUGUUUCCCCUGCUGUUGUUUGUUUGACACAAAUAGAUGCAUUGUCCGUUUUCAUUACAUUCGUUCUUGCAAA